UUUUAUUUUUUUUUUAAAGAAACAGGGCGGAUAUGACGUUUUAUUUUGAAGCUGUUUUUGAGCUAAUAUGCCAGGGGCAUCGAUCAAUGUCCUGUCACGUCUGUGAGACACUGCGGCUUCAAUAACAUGACAACAAACGCUUCCAACUUGCCAUGGAUCCGUCCUUCGACGACAGCCCCCCGCAGCUGAUUGCCCUCGAACGCAGUGGGCACACGGCGGUGGUGGAGGGGAACCUGCUGUACGUGUGGGGGGGCUACAUGUCAGUUGAUGAUAAUGAAGUCUUCCUACCCAACCAUGAACUCUGGGUAUAUGACCUGGAACAAGGUGACUGGCAAAAGUUCCACAUGACCGGUGAGGUGCCACCCUCCAUGUCAGGAUCCUGUGGCUGUUGCCUGAAUGGUCACAUGUACAUAUUUGGAGGUUGUCAUGACAACGGGCAGUACGAUCAGAUCUAUCGCGUCAACCUGACAGACGGUAAAUACAAUUGGAUGCACAUCAGACACCACAGUGGCUGUCCUCCGUCAUCACGAGACAAACUCUCCUGCUGGGUUUAUAAAGGAAGAAUAAUCUACUUUGGAGGAUAUGGUUUCAAAAGUCUGGAAAAGGUCCACAGAGGAGACAGAAGCUUCACUGUAGAUGCUUUAUCAGAAAACAUCUUGUGGGGAUGGAACAGUGAGAUCCACAUAUUUGACCCCAGACAGUCCAGUUGGACUCAAGCGAAAACACGCGGACAAUCUCCCGCCCCUAGAGCGGCCCAUGCCAGUGUCAUGCUGGGGAAUCGGGGCUACAUCUGUGGUGGCAGAGUUAAGGAAAUGAGAUUAAGUGACAUUCACUGCUUGGACCUUGACUCAUGGAUGUGGUCAGAAAUAGUGCCAGUGUCGACUGUUCCAGCGGGAAGGUCCUGGCAUUCGCUCACGGCAGUGUCUGAUAGCACCAUGUUUCUUUUUGGCGGUCUCAGCGUGGACGGCAAGCCGCUGAGUGACGGCUGGCUGUUUGACGUGGAGACCAAGACAUGGAGAGAGGUGGAGCACCCCUUUAAGGAUAAGCCAAGGUUGUGGCACUCUGCGUGUACUGGCAAGGAUUCUGAUAUUAUUGUCUUUGGAGGCAGCUGUGAUUACAUCCUUCUUGUUGACACUGGUCACUGCAAUGAUGCUCUGGUCUUCCAGAUGGGGCCACACCCACUGUUUAGAAUUUGCAAGGACUACAUCGCAAAGAAUGUGAAUUCGUGUGAAGCUCUCAGACAGCAGCUGCCUCUUCUUCCUACCAAACUGCGGGCGGCGGUGGACAGGAGAGCAUUGUUCUACAGGCCUUCAAAGGAAGUCAGUCACACUCACACGCAACUCCUUUAAAUAUCAACAACAAAGCAUUUUUAUUAGCAUUUAUAUUCAUUUUUGAAAUACAUUCUUUUUAACGUUUAACGUCAAAUGUUGGUUACAAUUUUUAUGUUAUGUUUUAAAAAUAUAUAUUGUAAAAACAUGUAAGGAAUUUUCCUUUCAUAUUAUGGUGCAAUUGUAAACAAAACAAAAACUGUUCUUGUCAUUAUGAUUAAAUGGCACAAAAAAUG